AUGUUAGCAAAAAUUAAGACAAAUGUUUGGCAAAAUCACUUACUGAAGCUUACUCCCAAAUAUGGUAGUCUCUGGAGGGAAACAAAACAAAUUCUUCGUUUCAAAUCACCGAAUCUCCCUAUUAAGAAAUCAGAUGGUAGUCUAGGCACCCCUGACCUUGAAAAAUCAGAACUCUUUAAGGAGCGUCUUUCUCUAACUCUUCAACCACACUCUGAGAUAAUUGACAGCGAAAAUAUGAACUCGGUAGAAACGUUCCUGAACGCUUCCGUUCCUAUACUCUCCCUGUCAAGUCAUUUACACCAAACGAUGUAA